UUUUUGCGGGCGAGCUGAACCGUUCCCCCAAAUCCAAAAGCAUCUCGCACAUCUCAAGACCAGAGGUGAAGAGACAGACGAGGAACAGCCAACCAGCCAAUGGUUGGAAGAUACUAUGGAUGACGGGUUGCUUGUUCCAUUGGAAGAUUUUGAAAAGCGCCAAAGGAAUCACUCAAACUUGGACGAGUGUGAGAUUAGGAACGGGGGUCGUUCCACUUGUUCUAAGGCUUUAAGCCAGAGAAACUCGCUUGAAAAGAGAAGACGAGAGCAAAGAAGAACGGAUUUGGUGAAGAAAGACAACUUCCGAUACAUUGGAAAGGUUUGGGGAAUGACAAGACAAUCUUAAGAGAGCUGGAUAUCAACAAAAAAUAAGCAGCAAAACGGCUUGUCACAAUCAAUUCCAAGCAAAAUUUCCCACAUGCGUUCAUGGCUUGGAUCCAUAAAGCCUUUAAAAACGUCUUACAAUCUAAACAGAAAACGAAGAAACUAUACAACUCACUGUGGACUCGAUUGAAGGACUGUUCUAGGUACCUAUCUACCACAGGGGCCAAGAUCUCUGGUCAAGUUUACAUGUAUCCAUGGAACAAGUCAUCAAUAUGUGCAGUUUCCGCUCGUUUUCGACCCUCGAACGCAAGUUUUCUUGGGUGGGUGAGAAAACUUUGUUCCUUAUCAGAUUGGGAGAGUGUCCUGCUCCGAAUUGCCUUGGCUGAAUCACCCCAUUCAUCAUUUUCGGGAACCCCCUUGUGUGUUUGUGAUCAAGAGUCAAGGUUUCCUGACUCCGAUCUUGACCGACGUAACCUCCAAAAGGCCGAAAUGAAGGCCAAAGAGGAUCGUGGAAGGAAGGAUUUGGCAUGACCUCAUGAUCUGAACCGAAGCACUCCAAAACUUCCCCGAGAUCAAUUCGUCUGCAUAACUGAACCAAAACCAGAGAAGGAAAGAGACGGAUGGAUCGAUCCUAGUUGUUCAUUGCACUUUGGACUCGGUUCUUAGAGACACACGCAGAUAACCAUCAAAUGAAGCGGUUCGUCAAUUCCAAUGUGAAGUAGUGACGUUUCCAGAGACGACGGGAAUCAAGCGAUGAAUUCGAGUAUGCCUUCGUGGAAUGACUCGGGAGUGAUUGGCGAGGACCAGGGCUGGCCCAACCAGACCUACUUCUACGUGGACGAUUAUGAUGAAUGGGGAAACUUCUCCGGCAACGACACCCAACAGGAAGCCUUAUCCAAAGGAUUCAAAAUCGCCUGCUUCUGCCUCUACGCCAUCAUUUUUGUCUUGGGAAUGGUGGGAAACCUUCUGUUUUGCUAUAUUGUCAUUUCGUCCAGAUCCAUGAAAAACAUCACAUAUCACCUUCUUGUGAAUCUCUCCGUGUCAGAUUUGCUCAUCACUUGUCUCUGUGGGCCGCUUCAAGUCUCAAACACCUUGGUCUUGGGAUAUUGGCCUUUUGGAUGGUUUAUGUGUAUAUGCUUUAGCUACUUUCAAGGGAUUUCUAUACUCGUCAGCUCUUUCUCUCUCGUUGUUAUCAGUUUUGAAAGGUACAUGUCCAUUCUUCAUCCUCUGAAGCCUGUCAUCCCAAGGGCUGGCUCACUCUAUGUCAUUGUGGGAGUCUGGCUAGUGUCUUUGGCGGCCUCCAUCCCUCUGAUCAUUCAAACCAAGCACGUUGAAAUUGAGAUGGGAGUCUGGGUUUGUUCUGCCGAUGUGGAUCUGUUCUUUCAUAUCUCAAGUGUGCUCUUCACCAUCAUCCAAUAUUUCCUGCCUGUGGUCCUGAUGACCUAUUUCUACUCAAUGGUCGCCAAAACAAUUUGGUCACGACGAGACAUUUGUGAACUCAUGGACGGAACCUCGCACAAGGCCGAGAAGGAACUACAAAUGCUCAAAUCUAAACGAAAGAUGAUUAAAAUGUUGAUUGUGGUGGUGGCUUGCUACACGAUAUGUUGGAUCCCCUUCAAUAUCUUUUGGGUCCUGUUGCUGAUUUGGCCCUCGUUGGAGCAAUCCACGUGGUAUCCCUACAUAUUUACCGCGGUCCAUAUCCUGGCAGUGUCUCACACGUGUAUUAAUCCUGUUAUUUAUUGUUGGAUGAACCGACGAGUGCGAUAUGGAUUCAUGGACAUUGUCGGAAAGCUGAAACUGGUUCGAGACUGCUUCCCGAAAAUCGACUGGGAUGGGACACAUUUGACUCGAAAUGCCCGACAAACUCAGUUCACAGUGGUUCGCAAACGCCGAACGGGAAAUGUCAGUGGAUUGAAUUCACCCAAUACCCUUCAACGAGGGGAAAGUGCGGACACCUUUUCUAUCAGAAGUGGAUAUGGCAGGGGACAAUUACACCAUCAGAGUACUGUAAGCCUCACCACCUUGGGUCGAAUGGACAGUCGAGCUUCUGGCCUUGGAAGCAGACUCGACGAUAUCCCAACGCACUCAAACUCGACCAACAACGGGCGUGGACGGCUUCUCCAUAAGACCUCCACCGUUUCUUGCAAUGGAGAAAUGGCACAAUUGCUAAGAGAGGAGCCUUUGCUUCAUCGGGUCCAAAAUGCCAAACUCCAGAGACAACAGAAGAUCUCUACCAUUUCUACCUCAACCAGCGUCACAAACGUUUCCGAUGAAGGACCGGCCACUCCCAUUUUAGGCGGCAAUGGAGGCACCACCACCGUUCAGACCUUUCAUUUCCCGAGGCACCACAAGAUCUCACGGGAAAUGGUCCGUGCUGAAUUGGCCGGGCUAAGUGAAGAAGCCAAUGAGACUGACGACGAAACGCCCUCGCCCGUGAGUCAGCACGAAAUGCGGGAAUUCCGCAAAGUGGUCCGAAGGAAGCCCUUGACCAAAAGAGUGGAGAGCAUCUGUUCCGAGGAAGGCUUCCGGUUGCCCCGAAGCCAAUCCGACGAGAUAUUCGAAACCUCCUUGUGCGUCAAACGAAGGGACAUCCUGCCCAAGAUCGAGCCCAACUCCAAAGAGAUUUGAGUGUUCUUUGUCCCAUUGUUCGAUGUGUGAUUCAACGACCACCACCAAGGCUUUGCAUUUAAAACCCCGCUUCGUCCGUGAACAAGACAAUUAACCGUUCAUGAGCCAUGUGGUUCCAAAUAAAUGUAUUCCAAGUUAGCAUUUCC